AUGGAGUCUGAAGAGGCACAAAGGCUUGAACAGCGCCUUUCAUCAACUGCAUCCCAUUUCUCUGGCCUAGCUGAACAGAUUCGAAGUUCGUUGUCUGAUAAAGAAUCAACUGAGCGACUACAAUCGUCCACAUUGAAGGUUGCUAUCCCGCGAAUCGCUCAUCCCAGAACAACUGGCAAUCGACGCAUCAAGACGGCAUGUGUGGCGUGCCGGGAGCAAAAAGCCAAGUGUAGUGAACAUCGGCCAUGCGAUCGCUGCGUCAGUUUCGGCGUCACUUGCACGGCGCUCGAAAGUAAACGCGAGAGUAGGGAAAGGCAACUUGAAGAACUCGAGCAGCAGGUUGCCGUUUACGAACAGCUACUGCAGCACCUACGGUCAAAAGUCGAUAUUCAAGAUGCAGAUCUUAUCACAAGGACAUUGCAUAAAAAGAGCUCUAUCACUGAGCCCCUAUCUCCGGAUCCUGUCAGCGCGACGCAUCCUACGUCUAGUCAGCCUUCCUUUGCCGUGGAUUAUGUUGAGGAGGACUACAACCGGAAUCAUCAACUGCAAGCGUUCGGCUAUCUAGACAAAGGCACUCCUUUGGCGGAGACGGCAGCUUCAGAAUCAAGGACAUCUGGCGACGGCUCUAGGGCAUUAAUCUCGGUAAGUUAUUUUCUGGAUGAUCAGGAUCUGUUACUCGAUCAAGGCAUUGCCCCCUAUGAUCGUCCUUCUCGUAAUGUUGGAGAUAAACUUAUACAUCUCUAUUUUAACGCGGUUCAUCCGUCUUUUCCCAUUGUUGGUAGGAUUCCGUUUAUGCAGCAAUAUGCAAUAUAUUAUUCCCGGCCCAAUAUACGACCACCGGGCAAGUGGCUUGCGAUCCUUAACUUAAUCUUUGCUCUGGGGUCCAAAUUCGGUCAUCUUCUUUCUGAACCGUGGACGAAAGGUACAGAUGGGCCCUUGGAGUAUUUUUCCCGGGCUCAGAGGCUCAAUUUUACAAGUUGCCUGCUCUUCGAUCAUCCCAACCUGCAGCAGGUGCAAGCCGAAGGCUUGAGUGCGUUUUGGCUCAUGUCAAUGGGGCACGUCAAUAGGGCAUGGAGAACUUGUGGUGUCUCCAUAAGGUCCGCCAUCGCAUUGGGGAUUAAUCUACGAAGCGAGAGUAAGGACACGCCGAAUUUCUCGAAGGAGCUCCGGUAUCGCGUUUGGUGGUCCAUAUACACGCUGGAGAACACACUCUCUAUCAUGACUGGCCGGCCCACGAGUGCUGCGGAUACGUUCUGCACAACGCCUCUCCCUAUUCCUUACGAGGAGGACCAGUUUCAUGGGCCUAUCGCUUCCCACCUGCUCUCAGACUACAGUGUGCGAUAUGGCUAUAUGCAAGCUUUCUGUUCCCGAAGGCAUAAACACACCCACUCACGAGUUUCAACAAACCCUGCACCGUCUGUAGGACACUACUUGGCUUCGACCGUCAACGAGGCCGCGCCUAGUAAUGCACUUUACUUUCUGUAUUUCGUCGACAUAACAAUGAUCAUGCGGCGAGCAAUUGAUUUGCUGUAUGCUCCCGGCGGCUCUAGAGAACCCUGGCCUAAAGUCGGCGCAGCAAUAGUGGACUUGGUAAGAGAUGCAGAUGCGUGGAGUAGCAGCCUUCCAGACGUAUUCCAGUUUAGGCCAAUGCAGAAGUCCAAGUUCUUUGAACGGCAGAGAUGGAGCCUUGCUUUUCGCUUCUAUAGCACCAAAAUCACUAUUUCUCGCCCUUCUCUUUGCCGCUCCGAUCGGCUUCGACCCCACCACCGAGAUUCCCCUGCGGACCAACGGAAGAACGCAAAGAUAUGUGUUGAUUCAGCCUGCGAUAUACUUGACCUAUUACCAGACACACCUGAUGUGUUUUGGCUGAUCCGGUUAUCGCCCUGGUGGUGUAUCCUACAUUAUCUGAUGCAGUCAACGACUAUUUUACUAAUCGAGCUCGAUUUUUGCGUCAAGUUUGACGCCGAAGAGGCCAGCAAAAUCACUAUGCUGGUGGAGAAAGCUAUGUGUUGGCUCCUUGCAAUGGCUUCAGAUAACCUAGCUGCUCAAAGGGCAUGGGAGGUUUGCCAUAGCCUCUACCGCUGCAUUUCCCUAACGCCUAUUGACAGCACCAAUGCAACACCUUACGGCUCUACUGAACCGUUACCACCUCAGAGCAAUAUCUUACGAGCGAUGCAAGAUGGUCUGCAACUUACACCGUCACAUGUGCCUCUGUCGCGAAAUAUAGUGGUUCAUCCCACCCUGCAAACGAUGUAUGAUCAAUUUGUGCCUCGCGAAUCUAGUGGAGCUACAUUUGACAAGAGUGACAAUAGCAACUAUCAGUAA